GCUGGUGGAAAAAAUAUCCAAACUCUGAAACUUCCUUAUUGUUCUGUUGACGCCCGUUUUAGGAUUUUGUUUCCCCGCCCUGUGGCGCGAAAAAGAAAUGUGUUUCGAAAGAAUGUAUUCGGUUCAGCGCUUUGUUGCGGAGGCCUGCCCAGACGUGAUGAAUGGAGUGUGAUUGCGAACAGGAUCCGGAGAUCUCGAUCCCCUCCCCCCGGGCUGUGACGGACAGGAUCCGGAGAUUCCCCGUCCCCUCGCCUGUGACGGGAGGACUCGGGCUGUAGAACCGCCUGCAAUGCGGGUCAAGGUGAAGCGCUGGAACGCCAUCGCUACCUGGUUCUGGGUGGCUAACGACGAGAAUUGUGGCAUUUGCCGCACGGCGUUUAACGGCUGCUGCCCGGACUGUAAAGUUCCAGGAGAUGACUGCCCAUUGGUGUGGGGUCAGUGCUCUCAUUGUUUCCAUAUGCAUUGUAUCCUGAAAUGGCUGAACUCCCAGCAAGUGCAGCAGCAUUGUCCUAUGUGUCGACAAGAGUGGAAAUUCAAGGAGUGAUAAGCAACUGGACAAUUUGAGCCUCUGGACUCCACACUCAGUUAGAUUUUGUCCAUUUUCUUUGUGUUGCAAUAAUAAUGCAACAAUAAAAAAAUUAAACAAACUAUUGAAGAAAUUCAUGCCAAUGAAAUAUUUUGCUUUUUGUAAGUAUUAAAGUAUGUAAGUAUGUAUCUACAUACAACAGUUGAGCUGCCAAGUGAGCAGCCAGAUAUUACACACAAAAUACCUACUAUCUGACUUAUUGAGCUACCAGUAGAAUUAAACUUUUUUAUAAACAUUG